AUGUGGAGUAUAAGGCUCCGACCACUGCAAAGGCAGUUGGUUCCAGCGCGCACUCGAGCUCUUUCGAGCUUUAGAACUCAUGGUUCUCAGCGGGGUCCCCGCAAUAGCAUCCAGAGACCAGAACUCAUCAAGUCUUCAAAGAAGACUGAACCGUCUCAACAGCCCGAUCAACCACAAUCCGAACCCGCUGCCCCCGAGCCUCAAGAUGCUGCAAAUCCUAAUUACGACCCUUCACAGAACACUUUACUCUCUCCCGUUUAUCUUCCAGAAGACCCCCAUGGUGUCCUCAAAGAAACUCAUCCAGCUACAUCCAUACUCGCCAACUCAGGAUUGGUGGUGCAACGACAAAUAGAAAUGAUGAAUAUUAUGAUUGGCUUUGAACAAGCGAACAAAUACGUUAUCAUGGAUGCGCAGGGAAACCACAUCGGGUACAUGGCAGAGCAAGAAAAGGGACUCGGAAAUGCAGUGGCACGGCAAUCGUUCCGCACUCACCGAAGUUUCGUGACCCAUGUGUUUGACCGGCACGAAAAUGAGGUUCUGCGAUUCCAUCGCCCAUUCGCUUGGAUUAAUUCCAAGAUUCACGUCUACGACCCUCUCGAUAAAGCCCCUAAUACCUACUCGUCAUCCACCUCUGUUGAGGGCGUCUCACCUGGAUCCCUCAUCACACCUGGGGGCACAUCGAAUGCACGUAUAUCACCACUAGAGUUUGAUCAGAUGCGAGUCAUUGGCGAGGCCCAGCAGCAGUGGGCACCCUUACGGCGAAAGUACAACCUUUUCACCUACCACAAGUCGCCCAAUCCGGCUACCGACAUGGGAACCAGCAGCUCAGGCACUGAUGUUUCACAAGGAAAUCAGAUUCAGGUACGGCCAACAUCUAACCAAGACCAGGGCCAAUAUAAUCAGUUUGCCUAUGUGGAUGAACCAUUCCUAUCAUGGGACUUUUCCCUGAAUACGGCGAAUAAGCAGUUGAUCGGAUCAGUGAACCGCAACUUUGCAGGCUUUGCUCGUGAAUUCUUCACGGAUACAGGCGUCUACGCAAUGCGCAUGGACUCUGCAGGUCUUGGCACUGAGUCCUCAUCUGAUAAAGAAGUCCGUGGAAUGACCCUCGAUCAGCGUGCGGUUAUGCUUGCUACCGCUGUAAGCAUUGACUUUGACUACUUCAGUCGUCACAGCGGCUCUGGCGGCUUUGGCGGCUUCAUGCCUCUCUGGUUCCCCGGUAUGGGCGGGGAGGCUGCCGCUGGGGGCGCUGCAGGUGGUGCGGCUGCAGGGGGUGCCGCAGAAGCCGGUGCCGUUGGUGAAGCCGCAGCUGGAACUCUAGGCAGAGCCGGGGCCGCUGGGGGUAUGACGGAUGGCAUGGCUGCAGGCGUUACGGGGGCAGGUGCCAUGGCUGGAUAUGAAGCGAUGCAAAGAGGCUACCCAGCUGAUACCAAUGCACCGACAUCGCCUGGUCAGCAGGGAUCACAGCCUACAGAGGCCGAGUCAUCUGGUUUCUAUGAUGAACCUGAAGAUCCCUGGGGUAAAGAGAAUCCUUGGGAAGAUGAUGAUGGAGGCGAUGGAGGCGAUGGUGAUAGUUUCGACUUUUUCUAA